GACUCCCAGGCAGAGAGCGAGAUACCUUUUUUCUCUGUAUUUUCUGUUAUACAGUGACUUAUUAUGCGCAGGGAUACCAACGUCUUCAAUAUCUCUAGCUGAGCAACAUGCCAAAAAGGUCAACGAUUGAGCAAUGAGAGGGCUAAAGACAUUUCUUUCCCGUCCGUCGCGGUCACAUGCGGCAGCACACGAACCGAUCGGCGGCGCGGCGCGUGGCUCAGAGCGGUUGCUUUGUCCUUCCAUCAUAUGCUGCACUGACCUCAUUGCUCUUUGUAUGCGCUGAAAUGUCUUCAAGAGACCUUGAAAGUGAACGUAAAUCUUACCGCGCCCAACUCGACCAAGCACUGCAGGAAGACGAAGACCCUUUGGCUGCAUACGACACUUUUAUUAAAUGGACUUUGUCUAACUACUCCGGUGACCUAAUCGCUCAUUCGGGGCUCGUAGAACUGCUUGAAGAAGUAACCAGGACAUUCAGGGAUGACUCUGCGUACAAAGGGGACCUUCGAUACCUCAAGACGUGGUCCAUGUUCGCCAACUGCGUCGAGUAUCCCGCUUUGGUGUUUGAAUAUCUGCUGAAGCAAGGCAUUGGCACGGUAUAUGCGCAAGUAUAUGAGGAUUUCGCGCUUGCACUAGAACAGAUUGGCCGUCGUGCAGAUGCGGAACAAGCUUAUCAGCUAGGCGUUCAGCGGCGAGCGCGUCCAGCGGAACGUCUCAAGAAGCGUUAUGCCGAGUUUCAAGCGCGUCCAUUUCCAUCCACACUGCCGUCCAAGUCUCCCCUGUCCAAUCCUGACCUCUGGAAAGAUGCUUCACCAGAAACUCAAGCUCUCCGCAAAGACCCUUUCAAGAACUACAACCCGAAACCGAAACUCCUCUCGUACGCACCUCCAAAGUCCACACCUCAAUACACGAACACCUUACUCGACCCAAACCAUGACCGAUACGCACAUAUUCGCAACCCGGCACCACUAGCCCCAGGCAAACGACCAGAGAAACUACGAUUCAAUCUCUCCCUACUCUUCACCUCAGAAGGAGAAGAAUAUAGCAUUCAAGAAGCCCGAGCGCGUUCUAUGGGUCUUCUAGGAAAGAAAUGGGGUCCACCUCCAGAAGCUCAGACGCGUCAAGUAAAAGUGGGCUUUGAUGAAACUGGUGCGCGCAACACACGUAAUCAUACAAAGAAGAAUACAACUUCUUCUUGGGGAGGCGGCGCGGAGCCUACAGUCACUUUGGCUACUAAAGAAGCAUUGGCAGACGUGUUUGGGAUGUAUAACAGUCCAGAGAAGAGCAUGCGUUAUGGUGUGGCUGCAGGCAGUAAACAUGCACCUGUGCAGAAGAUCAAUUUUGAGAGGACCGUCAAUCCUGUCACACCCUUACCUGCACCUGCAUUCAGAGCAUCAAACUCGAGAGAUGAGAACGAUCUCGACAAGACACCGUUCAGACCGUAUGUCGAUCCUGGUGUAGAGAGGAAAGAGAAUAACACUCCGGCGCCAGCUAAGUUCAAACCUUUCGUCGACGAACAAACCCCCAGACCUCCUGCAGUCACUCCUGACCCCAAUCGACGCGUUCUUUCAGUCAAAGAAACCGUCCCACCCGUACCCCGUUCUAACGAGAAUGCCCGUCCUCCGCCGCCCAAGUCAAAUGAAAAUGCUGUUCCAUCUAGGUCAAAUGAGAAUCCGCCCGCCCCAAGACCAAAGACUCCUACCAAUAGCGUUUUCAGACCUCUUUCAGAAGACCGUCGACCACCGACAGUCUUCACUCCUGCUGCUCCUGGAGAGAGUAGGGCGUUCUCGAGGAAAGACAUCUUUGUUGACCCUCCUGCGUCCUCGUCCUCGUCAUCGGAGAAUGCUAGCGCAGCUCCUGCACCAUUCAAGGUGUUUAGUCGGCCGACGCCUGCGGCUGCGGGAAGUUCAAGUUCGAGCUCAAAUGUGUUCUCUAUAAGACCUGAUACACCAGGACAUCCUCCGCCUCCUGCGGUGUUCAAACCGUUCGUAGAUCCUGAUGCAAGGCAACCUUUCGUCCCUGUUAGAUCUCGUACCCCGCUCUCGUCCAUCCCUACUCAAUCGGAAUCCGAAGAUGACCCCGAAGAACUUGUACAAGCGCAACAUCCCAUCUCUGCGAAUUUCACUGAAACUGAUGAAGAUUAUUAUGACACUUCCACUGAUCAAUCUUCUGACUUUGACGACGGUCCUAUUGCGAUAAUGCCUAUUCAAGCUUCGACGACGCCUACAACGUCCGAAGAAGAUAGUGUCUUGUAUGACGAGCAGGGUAUCGAAGGAUACCAAGACCAACAACCCCCGUUGGGUGGACGAUUAGGCCAAUUCCAGGUGAUGACACCCAUAACAGAACGUACAUAUGAGUUUACCUCGACGAGUAUGAAGGGGCAGGCUACACCUAGUGAGGCUUAUGGACGACCGGUAUUCAGGAGGGAAGAUCCAGUUGAGGUCGCUGAACAGUUGGCAGCUGAGCUACGCCGCGAGGAGCAAGAAGAAGAGGAAGGAUGGGAACAAGUUGAUGGCGAAGAGGAGGACGUUCAGAACCUCGAAGAACGGACGGGGACGUUGAGCUUCUCGGACGCGAUAAAUGUCGCAUCAAAGUUCAAGACCUCGAAUCCAUGCAAUCCAUUUGACCCGCCAAUCAUGUCAACCCUGCUUUCCCUGAUUCCUGCUGAUCCUGCUUUCCGUGAUUUGAGACCGCAGGAAGCAGGCUUGUUGGAUACAUUGCAGAAGUUCGCUAAGAGGAAGACGAGGCGGACCAGCGGAAAUACAUCUUCAAGGUCGUUAUCAGAACCGGAAUACGUUGAGGUCACCCUUGGGGAUGAGAGGACGUACAAAGUCACAGAUAAACUUGGUGAAGGCGGGUUUGGCGCCGUCUUUGAGGCUAUAGACGUUUACACGUUGAACGAGAAGCGGCAAGAACGCGGUACAGACCACGACGAUGACGACGAUGACGACGAUUUUGAGGACGAAGACGAGGAUGGUGGCAUCCCGAGAGUUGCGUUAAAGGUCGUCAAGCCUCGGAACCUUUGGGAAUUCCAUGUAUUGCGCCGGAUCCAUUCGACCCUCCCGACACAGCUACGCAACUCGAUUAUCACUCCUCAACUAUUAUACGCAUACGCCGACGAGUCUUACCUCGUGUUAGAACUGCGUUCACAAGGGACACUUCUGAACAUCGUCAAUGGCGCAUCACAAGCUGGUAUCACACAACAUGGCGCAUGUCUCGACGAACUCCUUGUCAUGUUCUUUGCCAUCGAGCUCAUGCGCUUACUUGAAGGUCUCCACAGAGCAGGCUUCAUCCACGGAGACGUCAAGAUCGACAAUUGUUUAGUGAGAAUGGAAGAUGUACCCGGACCUGCAAGUGCUUGGGAUAGCACUUAUUCACCUACCGGCGACAAAGGUUGGAAGUACAAGGGAAUCAAGAUGAUCGACUUUGGAAGGACGAUUGAUACGAGAUUGUUCCCUGUCAACCAGCAGUUCGUAGGUGACUGGCCUACAGAUGCUCGUGAUUGCCUGGAACUGAGGGAAGGCAGGCCUUGGACGUUCCAGCCGGAUUACUAUGGUCUCGCCGGGAUCAUUUACUGCAUGCUUUAUGGCAAGUACAUUGAAGCAUCGUCGGUGACACUCGCACCUGGAUCGUCGGAUGGACGUCCACGAUACAAGCUUGCAGCUCCAUUCAAACGGUAUUGGCAAGUGGACCUGUGGACGAGACUAUUCGAUUUAUUACUCAAUCCUACUCUGGUGAGACUGGGUGGAAGUUUACCAUUGUGCGAUGAGAUGGGUGCUUUGAGAGGGGAGAUGGAAACGUGGCUACAAGCAAAUUGUAACCGAGUCAGUAACAGUUUGAAGGGUCUACUCAAGAAGGUUGGCCUAUCACUUCUGGGAGGAAAGGACGCACGACGGUGACCGUACCUCCCGUUCACUUGUCGCCGAUCUAUGCACGUUCGACUUCUAUGUUAUACUUAUACCUACCGCACUCCUUUUUUAAACACCGUAUGUUCGUCCUUUAUUACACCACCAGUUUUGACUUUAUGGGUUUUACGUCUGAGUAUAGCAGAAAACAUUUUGGAUGUCAACACAGCAGUGGAAGUUGCGACGGACAACAGUAAGGAGAGAAGACAACCAAAAAUUGACAACAGAGAACAAAGACGGUACAACACCAUAAGCCAUGAAUGACAACAGACAGAGCACGGUAACAACGAGACAAGUAAAUUACACCCAACGAAGCCACAACUGCCCCACUGAGCACAAUCACCAUAUGAAUGUGACGUUCCCAGUACCCUGUUCGUAGCCUUCUGU